AUGGAUCAUAAAGUUGUCGCGUUAAAGUGGGACUCCCGGAGCCUGCAGUUGAGUCCGCGACCGAUCGGAACGUACCUGCGAGCAGACGGCCGACUCGGGCGCCGACGGCGACAAGGUUCCUCCGGUCAGCCUGGUGCAGAUUCAGUGCUUUCUGAUGGUGUCUUGGAGGUAGCAAGUUCCAGGUCCGCAUUUCUGUCGAAGCAUGAUACGUCUGCGCUUACAUCGGAGGAGGGCACUCGUCGCCAGCGGGUUUGGAGCUUUGCCUUGCCCCUGUCGCGCCGGCGUUUCUCUGAGGCGGAAGAAGAGGCCCGCGGCUCAUCGCUCAAGUCAUCUGUCCAGCCCAGGGCGACUAGGAAGCAGCCGUCGUGGAAGUAUUUGGUAUCGGGUGCACUUGCUGGCGUCAUUUCGCGAACAGCGGUGUCACCGCUUGAGGUCGUCGCAACGAUGAACAUGUCGACUUCGUUGGCGACGCGUAACUUUAUCCACGAAAUGAUUGAUAUCUUCCGCCGGGAGGGUCUGCCGGGUCUAUUCAAAGGAAAUCUUGCGAACUGUCUGAAGGUCGCACCCACAAAAGGCAUUCAAUUUGUCGUGUUCGAGACCUUCAAAAGGCUGAUGGCUCGUCGGCGCCAGUGGUCCCAGGUACGCCGAGCAGCGCGCUUCCCCGAGGGCAACGUACUUGUGGAGGAGCUCGAUGAUAUAGAGCUUACAGCUGGUGAGCGCCUGAUCGCUGGAGGCAUCGCCGGUAUGGGUGCAGCUGUCCUAUGUUAUCCACUUGAGGUUUCCAAAACGCUUCUGACCGCCGAACCUGGGCGCUAUCGGGGCGUGUUCGGAACGCUGCGAUCUCUCGUUCGGGAAAGAGGCUUCCAAGCAUUAUACCGCGGGCUCGUACCGACGAUGAUCGCCAUGUUCCCGUACGUCGGCCUCGAAUUUAUGGUGUACGAGCAGCUCAAAAUAACUCUGGCGAAUAAGCGUGCUCUAGCUAUGGCCGCCGUUGGAAAAGGCCCAGAAGGAGCGUCGCCAAAUGCUCGACUCGGACGACAGCCGUCGAGCGACCAGCUCCCUGUCGGCGUUCUGCUGCUGAUUGGAGCGAUCGCCGGCACAGUUGCCCAAACGGCCUGCCAUCCGCUAGACGUCAUACGCAAGCGAUUACAGUUGCAGGGCAUUGGCAACCGACCGGUUCAAUAUAAGAGUAUGAUCCAUGUAGCCCAAGAAAUCAUUAGAAAUGAAGGUGGAGUGCGGGCAUUGUACAAAGGCCUAUCACCGGCAGCAACGAGUGUGUUCCCCAGCGCUGGCGUAAGCUAUCUCGUUUACGAAUGGUGCAAGAAUGCUCUCGGGGCAAAAUCAUUCUGA